UUUAACGAUCAAGCUCUCAAUGGCGACAGAAACAGCGUUCAGACCUCGCGUGGAUCAAGAAAAUGCUUCAGCCCUGGAUAUCAAGGGUGGAAAUGUAUCAGGGAGAAGUUUUGGUGCUGCAAAAUCUUUCCAGUCAGACAAUGCUCCUUUAACAACUCCACGACGUGCUCUUGGAGAUGUAGGGAACACCAUCAAACCAUCCACUACGAAAGCCAGGAAGGGACUUGCAUUAAAACCCAACAAGCUAAUGGGCAAGAAAUCUACAACCACAAAGAUUUUCCAAGAUCGUGCAGGAACCCCAGCAACUAAAGGACUGCCACUCUUACAACAAAUAAGCUCUGCAGGUCUUAAGCAAAGUAGCAAAAAGAAGCAGGCAAUUCAUGUAAAGACUACAGAGAAACAAAGAGUGAAAGCCGAACAAGACCAGUGUCAAAAAGAAACAAUGCUUCCGUUUACUGAUAAAGGUAUGAACAAAGGUGUAAUAUUUAUAAAAUAGAAAAACUUAGUGUGGUAUACAAAAGUACAUGUACAAUUUCAGUUAGGGAGACCCAGUUCAUUGUCCAGGCUUGUACACUCAGGGACUUUUGAGUUCUUUUAACUUGCUUGCAUCCAGCCACAUGCACAUGUAUGUGUAUGUGGAAUAUUGCAUA